CUGUUGCGUCGGCUCGGUGGAAGGGAGACGGCGUUCUCUUCCAUUGGUCGACCGGGUCGAGCUCACACGGAUAGGGUGACGUCAUCGGUUCUCGGUUGUAUUAGUGUGAUGCCGCCGCUCGUUUCUGGCAGCAUUGCUCUGAAUAGAGAUUGUGUUUAUUAGGAUAUUGACAGCUAUUGGUGUGUUGCGCAUAUAUGUGCUACAAUGUAAAAUCUUGUUGUUUAAAUAUCUCAGAUAAUAAAAAUUGGCAAAACAUUGCAUAUCAGAAUGUAGAACAUGCUGCUUGCGUAAACAAAUGAAUAACGCUAUGCGAAAUACUCCACAACGGCACAGCUGAUUAAAUAAGGUUAUGUCACAGUAUACAAAUUAGAAUACAGCGAAAAAUGUCAUCAAAGGGCACGUCGAAACGGCGUUCAUCCAGCCCAGAUUUUAGUAAAGAUGACAGGUACCACAGAAAAAAGUAUCACGACAAUCAUAAGAGCAAAGAGCGUAAAAGAUCUGCACGGAACGAUCGAGAAAUGCAUAAAUAUUCCGAUUACGCGCGAGAUUCCGAAUCACGAAAUUCGUCCUCAGAAGAUUAUCCUAAAAAAGAUGACAAAAACAUCUAUUUCACCAAAUACAGACACGAGUUAAAUAAGAUUUUCUUGGCAAAUCCGAAUCUCAUUCGCGAUGUUGGAGAUUUUUGGAAGUUUGUCGAGAAAUAUGAGUCUGUCAAGAAGCAAUCGAGCAACAGUGAUGAAUCUGUAAUCGAUGGCACUUUAAAUUCCAUUGGGGUACCAGAAAAGUAUCACAACUCCCAUUGUCUAAAUUUCAAACUUGGUUCUUCCCUUGAAAAAUUUGUGCAGAUGUCUGAGGAAAAACAAUUGGAUAAAUUGCUACCACAAUUCAGGAAUGUAAUAAUCUUGUAUUUGGAUUUCAAACAAAAAGAAAAAUUUAACAAAUUGAAAAAACUUAAAGAUAUGCAAGCUAAUUUGCCAGUUGCACAAUACAAAGAGGAAAUUAUUAGGACAAUAAAGAAUGAAAAAGUGGUUAUUAUAGCAGGUGACACUGGUUGUGGAAAAUCUACUCAAAUACCUCAAUAUCUGUAUGAAGCAGGUUUUCGAAAAAUAGCAUGUACGCAACCUCGAAGAAUAGCGUGUAUUUCGUUAGCAAAAAGAGUUGCUUUUGAAACACUGAGUGAAAAUUUUAGCAGAGUGGGAUAUCAAAUACGGUUUGAGAAACAGAAGAACCAACAGACAAAUAUUACAUUUAUAACGGAAGGUUUACUAUUAAGACAGGUAUCAGGUGAAUCAGCAUUAUCUGCAUAUGAUGUGAUAGUCUUAGAUGAAGUCCAUGAACGUCAUUUACAUGGAGAUUUGUUACUGGGUAUUAUGAAAUGUAUUAUUCAUCAAAAACCUGACUUAAAAUUGGUGCUAAUGUCUGCCACCAUUAACAUAGAGCUCUUUGGCAACUAUUUUGCAAAGGAAGAUGUUAAAAUAAUAGAAGUUCCUGGAAGAUUAUAUCCUAUUCAAUUGCUCUAUCGUCCUGUAACUGUAGAAGAUCUCAGAUACAAAAAUGACCGAUUUAAUCCAAGUCCUUAUGUGCAAAUAAUGCAUAUAAUCGAUCAAAAAUAUCCAGCGGACGAAAAGGGUGAUUUGUUAAUAUUUCUGAGUGGAAUAAGUGAAAUUACUGCAAUUGUGGAUGCUGCCAAGGAAUAUAGUAUAAAGAAAAAUAAUUGGAUAGUUUUGCCACUCCAUAGUACCCUCUCUAUUGCCGAACAAGAUAAGGUAUUUGAUUAUGCACCCGAGGGUGUUAGAAAGUGCAUUGUCGCAACAAACAUUGCGGAAACUUCUAUCACUAUUGAUGGAAUCAGAUUUGUUGCUGAUAGCGGAAAAGUGAAAGAAAUGAGUUACGAUCCAUCGUGUAAAAUGCAGAAACUGAAAGAAUUCUGGAUAAGCAAAGCCAGUGCGGAACAGAGAAAAGGGAGAGCAGGCAGAACUGGACCGGGAGUUUGUUAUAGAAUUUAUUCAGAAGAAGAGUACAAAAUCUUGGAAAGAUACUCGACACCAGAAUUACAACGUGUGCCUUUAGAUUCUUCUUUAUUACAAAUGAUAGCAAUGGGACUUCCUGACGCACGAAAAUUCCCGUUUAUAGAGCCACCGCCAGUCGACAGUAUAGAAAACGCUAUACUAUCCUUAAAAGAUCACGGUGCACUGACGGAUAACGAAAAGAUCACGUGUAUCGGGAAAACUUUAGCGCGACUACCCGUUGAUAUUACAAUAGGAAAAAUGUUAAUAAUGGGAUCCAUUUUUCAUCAAGUGGAACCUGUACUAUCAUUAGCUGCUGCUCUAAGUAUACAAACACCGUUCACCAAUAGAGCGUACAGGGAUGCCGAAUGCGAGACAUCUAGGAAGAAAUUGGAAUCUGACCAUGGCGAUCCAAUAACCUUACUAAACGCGUUUAAAGAAUGGCUGGAGGUGAAGCAAGAAAAUUCUCAAGAAUAUAGAGGUAGCAGCAACAAUAGCAGAAAAUGGUGCAAACGAAGAGGUUUGGAAGAACAACGGUUCUACGAAAUGAUAAAACUGAGGGCUCAAUUUAAAGAUUUACUCCAAGAUUGCAAUUUACUCAAAAGCCUCCCAGAACCAAAUUCCUCUAUGACAAGCGCGGAACGCGCAAUGCGGCAUGGAGAGUUAAAACUUUUGAAGUCUCUUAAAAGAAAUUACAAACAAAAUGAACCCAGGAGGCGCAAGCAAUUAAAGGUAGAGACAUUCGAUAUAAAAUUGGAAGACAACGACGAUGAUAAUGGCGAGCUUGACAUAAAAGAUAUAGAAUUUCGAAUGAGAAAUGAUUCGAGUCAAGUACAGAAUCUUCUGACGGCGUCUACAGCAUGUAGCUAUAAAGAUCUAACGAUUUUGAAGUUAAUAUUAUGCAGUGGUUUAUAUCCACAAUUUGCUUGUGCUGACGAAUUUAAUUAUUGCAAGUCUAUGAAUGAGCAAUUAUUUCACACAAAAGCGAAACCGUAUGUCGCUUUACAUCCGAUGAGCUUCUUUGGAAAUCAUCCGCAAGUUCUGCAGAUUGAAGAAGCGGAUAUAGUAUCGAUACCAGGAUUUAAGAGCAAAACCCCUGUUAGCCCUAAACAUAAAAUAUUGGCAUAUCUAUCUCUCUUGGAAACUACAAAACCAUAUCUAGUAAAUACUUUAAGGAUGCCUGCCGCACAAACAUUGCUGCUGUUUGCACGUGAAAUAGAUACAAAUAGUACAUUUUCCAGGAUGGCGUGCGAUUCAUGGCUGAUGUUAGAAUUUCCUAUUCCCGACAGUGGUCAAACUUUAUUGAUGAAAGCUACCAAGUUGAGAAAUAAAUGGGAUUUCUUAUUAAACCAACAGUUACAAAGAUCUGGCGAUGCAAAUAAUGAGCAAAAGGAUUUUAGCAAAAUUGAGCGGAGUCUUACACAAGAACUGAUUGAAUACAUGCAUACCACAGUACCAUACACCAUAAAACGAUUGCUACCGGCCGAUUUAAAAACGAUAUAUGUCAGCGGUGGCAAUAAUAACAUAAACAUAGAGCCCAAUCCUUUUCAAUCCGAUUUUAAGAGUAUACCAAAUGUAACUAAAGGUGGAAUUCAUGUAACAGAUAGUAUUACAUAUAAUUGCAUAAAGGAAACUGAUUGGAGUGAACAUCUAAUCGCAGAAAUGCUUGAGACCGAAUGGCAGUGUCAAAAAUGUGAUUUUCAAGCGAUUCUGUCAAGUAUAGAAAAACUUCAACAUCAAAACUCUUGUACGAUCACAGAUGCGACUGAUAAAGAGGAUAAAAAAUGUGAAAAUAUCACACGUAAACCUAACAGUCAAGCAUAUGAAUGUCCUAAAUGUUCACAAACAUUGUAUCUAACACCUAUUGAAAUAUUGAAGCAUAAAAAUUCACAUGUCAAAACAAGUUGAGGUAAAAUAUCUUUAUUAUGUACAUAUAUAUAUAAAAUAUACAUAUAAAUAUAUAAA